AUGGCGGCGUUGGCAAUAGAGACAGCUUCCGUGCUCCUCAGUACUGGACUAGAAGAUUCUCCAUACACGAUCCCCAGUAUCACCCUGAAGUUGAAGGACGGCAGUCGAUUCUACGUGCCAGCUCACUUGCUUGCGAAGAGUGAAAUUUUUUCUUUCCUGAAUAGAGACGGCGAACUCCAACUCGACAUCCCCCAUGAAGUGGCUCACGUUCUUGUCCACUACCUAUUCACCGACGACUACCAAUGUCUAAGGGCGAAAGGCUCGUCGAUGAACCAGAGCCUCGCUCCUGACUUUGACACGAGCAUCCGCGUUUACAGCGCUGCUCAAGAAUACAAAUUGCCACGGUUGCAAGAACUUGCAAAAGCCGAAAUCACCAGGCUCGGUAAUGAGUUCCGAAUUCCCUUGGUAUUUGACCUUGUGAGAAAGGCAUAUCCAAACCCUAACAUGGACGACACAUGGCUCCGCCAGUUCCUCAGAGGUCGUCUGAGAAUUUUGUUUACGGAUCCGAAAGAGCUGCUAGAGUGGGAUCCGAUACCUGAAGCAAAGCCCAUGACCAUCAGUGAUAUGCUCUUGGAGGACCUCAUUGAGCUACUCCAGGAGAACUUGAGUUCGGGCCACAAGACAUCAGACGGAUUGUUCCAUGACUCUCACGAAUACACUACCCAGGGGACCCCCGCACCGGCGCUGAAUGAAGAGCAACCGCAGGAUACGUCAGAACAAGCUGGAGGCUCCGUUGUCGACGCCAAGUCUACUAACGGACCUGCGAGGAACGAAGCAGAUGCAGAAGACGGUGAAAUGGAUGCGGCAAAACACGAUGUCGCAUUAGCCAAGGGUGAUGUCAGUAUUAUCAGAAGCCACAGUGACAUAGUCAAGAGUGAGUCCAACACAAGCAAGAGUGAUGAUGAGGUCACGAGGAAUGGUGUGCAGACCCCGGAAUCGAAAGCAGAUUCAUGCGAGCCUGAGAUUGUAAAGGUUGAGCAACCCAGCCCUGGGGCUGAUCAUGUGGCCAAGCCCACCGAAGGGAAGAAGGAUGAGAAAGACUUCUGGGGACUGACUUUGAAGAAGAAGAAGAAGAAGAAGGCCCCGAAACCCUUCGUGUCUGAGUCGCUGCCUGAAGGGGUGACUGUCAAGCCUUAG